AGUCAAUAUAUACCCAAACGUACUUCCUCAACUGAAUCCAAUGUAUCUAAAAUACUCGAGGCCUUUCAACCCAGCAUACUCCACAUGAAAACAAAAAGUCCAACGAGUCCGAGAAUCAACCCAAGCGACCCAGAGAUUCUUUCUAAAUUGCUUGGCAAGCGUGUCCCUCUUCAACACGCAUUGACUCAAGAUAGACGAAUCCAGGUCACUUUGGAUGCAGACACCUUCAUAAAGCUGUGGAUCAAAGAAUCAAGCGAUGCUCUGACAAUUAAGCAUGCUGUCUUACAAAAGCUGUCGAUUGACGCUGAUCCUUCGUACUUUUAUUUUUAUCACGAAAACGGUGUCCAGUCUACUAUUCCUCUGACCGAUGAAGAGCUCGUCCGUGUGUGCCAAUCAUCGGACGACAGCAGGACUAAUCGUGUGUUGGUUGUACCGGUUGAAGGAUAUGAGCUCAUGUGUCAACAGAGAUCGACCUAUCAUGACCCUCAUUAUGUUCGAUACGUACUGGCGCCAGCUGGCUAUCGUUUUGCCAAUCCACCUUCAAUUCCGUCCAGUGAGCUUUGGGCAACACCUCCGUCCAAGCAUCUGCUAAACACACAGCCUUCUUCAUGGCCAGUCGAGCAGCAGCUGAACGUCGAGGGUAUCUCCCUCUAUGAUCCUCCCACGCCAAGAAACGAUGACUUGGACUUUACCGCCGUCAAAUCAUUUACUAGCAGCAGCGCCACCCCGACAGAACCACCGUCGCCGAUUGGAUCUCAAAAGAGCGACGGUGAUGCCUUUGCAGAAGAUGAUGUUCUUGGCGAACGUCCGUCUGUAGAGAAAUUGUACCGCAACAUUGAUCAGUACCUGCCAGGCCACGAUUUGGAUAAAGAAAUUACGGUUGAGAAUAAUGCUAUUCCACCCAGCAUCUCCAGGAGACUGCACGGUCAUAGACCAUCCGUACGUGUGGUUGCUAAAGAGGCUCACCGACGCUGGAGACAAGAGACACGAAAUGUAGGCAAUACAGUGUUGAGACGAAAAAGCACCAAGAUGUGGGGCAGCAAGGUCGAGCGCGUGAAACCGGGUGAAGAAGGGUGCAUCGUAGCCAGUGAUAAACCCGUGCCAACUAGAAUGCAGUGGAUGCGUGGUGAACUCAUCGGCCGAGGUUCCUUUGGUCGUGUUUACCAUGCGCUCAAUGUAGCUACAGGUGAAUGGAUUGCCGUCAAGCAAGUUGAUGUUGCCGUCACCCAAGCAGAUAAGCGCAACCAGGAUCUAAAAGAAGCAGCGGAUGCUCUCUAUCACGAAAUUUCGCUCCUCAAAGAUCUUGAUCAUAUCAAUAUUGUACAGUACAUGGGGUAUGACUUUAAUCCUGACGAAGGGCUCAUCUUUAUCUUUCUCGAAUACGUGCCAGGCGGGAGUAUUGCCAGUUUAUUAAAGCAGUACAGUGUCUUUGAAGAACCCUUAAUUUCAUUUUUCACCCGUCAAAUACUUCAGGGUCUAGAGUACCUACACGAACGUGGUAUUCUUCAUAGAGAUAUCAAGGCAGGAAAUGUACUCAUUGACCAAAAUGGCAUUUGUAAAAUUACAGACUUUGGAUUAUCCAAAAAUCAAAAUGAAAGUGCGUAUGACAGUGUAUCCAACAACUCAACCAUGAAAGGAACCGUAUUUUGGAUGGCACCAGAGGCACUUACUAACAACUAUAGUGCAAAAGUGGAUAUUUGGAGCUUGGGAUGUACUGUACUCGAGAUGCUAACUGGAACGCAUCCAUGGAUGCAUCUGACAAGCCUUGCAGCUUUAUAUGCGAUUGGUAAUCACAAGUCACCCGAAAUACCCUCUAAUAUCUCACCCGAGGCAAAGGAUUUCCUUGAGCGGUGUUUCAGAAUUAACCCUGAAGAUCGACCUACAGCAAAGCAACUGUUAGAGCAUCCCUUUGUUCAGCCAAAUGACAGUUUCAAUUUCAAGGAUGCAUUAAUAAAGCUAAAAUCAAACAAGCAAUAACAAUGAUAAUGACGACAAUGACAGUGAGCACUUUUUAUAAUGAAUUACAACUAAUUUAUUCAAAUAAACAAAAUACCCCUCUCCUUCAUACACGAGGAGUAACGAUAAAUCACCACAAAAAUGAAGCAGUUACAAAAUAAAAAGAAAAUUAAAUUCUGCUUCUUUAUGCUGUGCUUAACCAUUCUUACCUCCAGAACUGCAACGUGGUUGCCUAUCUACGCUUCGAUUCAAGAAGGCAGAUGUGAUAUUGAUAAAAUAUUCGGUAUUAUUUUGACUGAUUGGAUUA